UCAGAACUGCGGACAGUGCGACACAGGACCUGAACCAAGAUGGCUUCCAGAAAAAUUGUUCUAUUAGCUUUCGUGUGCCUGAUAGCGGGGGCAUUAUCUGCGCCUGCACAGGAAAAAGAUCUCAUCUCCUCUGAGAAGGAAGAUCUCCAGACCGCAGCCUCACACUGGGGUGGACAUUACGGUGGUUACGGCGGUUGGGGUGGUUACGGAUAUUAUCCGCACUACGGCUACGGGUGGGGAUAUCCGAGCUAUGGAUGGUAUGGAGGCUGGCCCUAUGGUGGAUAUUACGGCCACGGUUAUUGGUGGUAAUUGUCAAUGAAGAAUGUAUUAAGAGGCUGAUUUAAGAUUUCCAAAGACAUUUAAAGGUUAAACAAAACAUUGUGUUAUUUGAGUUUUAGUAUAGUAUAUUAUUUAAGAAUGCAUAGUUAAUUUU